AUGAAGUUCACACAGAUGUCUGGGUUUGUUCUGUUGUGUCUCUUGCUGUGUGCAUGUACGUACAGAGUACUGUCUGAAAAACAUGGUAAACCGAUUCCAGAAGACGAAGAUGUGCUGGUACUGACCGAAAGCAACUUUAACCAAGCCCUUAAACAACAUGAUCAGUUACUGGUGCAUUUCUAUGCUCCUCUCUCUGGUGAGUCUCUUGGCUCAAUUCUGGAGUUUGCAAAGGCAGCCAGUGACCUUAAGGAAGCGGAGCCAGAUGUGAAACUAGGAAAGGUUGAUGUAUCUAAAGAGAAAGAGCUUUCCAAACUAUUAAAUGUUACCAUGGUGCCAUCAUUACGGCUGUAUCUAUCUGGGGACAAGUAUAACCCUGUUUACUGUCCAGUUCUGAAGAGCUCUACAUCCAUCCUAACAUGGCUCAAGAGGAGAAAGGGCCCUAGUGCUGAUCUUAUUAAUGAUCUCAGCCAAUUAGAGAGCUUUAAUGCAGACGAUGACCUGGUUGUUCUUGGAUUAUUUAAGGAUCUUAAACAGGGCACAGUAAAUGUUUUCUUUGAUGUGGCUGCUGAUGUUGCUGACCUGCCCUUUCUUGUCACCAAAAGCAAGGAGAUUUUCAGCAAGUAUAAAAUAAUUGCCGACUCAGUUUUACUUCUCAGAAAGUCCAAACCUGCAGAAAAGAUUGAGAUGACGGAUAACAUAGUAAAAAAUGACAUUAUUCACUUCAUCAGAGUCCACGAGAUGCCUCUGGUGUCUGAAUACAAUGGAAAGACUUCAUCUAAGAUUCUGAACUCUGUGGUGCAGAACCAUUUAAUUCUGUUUAUUGAGAAGGCUGUCAAGGGAUACAAAGAAAUUUAUCGGGCCUUUAAAAGCACAGCCAAGGAGUUCAGAGGCAAGGUUUUGUUUGUGCUGGUUGACUCUGGUGAGCCCCGGAAUGGACGUAUCAUGGAGUAUUUCCGUGUGAAGAAUGAGGAGGCACCACUGAUCCGAAUGGUUAACCUGACAGACAACUUUCAAUAUCAGUUACCUUCAGACCAGCUGAAUAUAGAAACCAUCACUGACUUCUGCCUGAGUUAUGUACAGGGAAAAGCCAAGCCAAAGCUACAAAGUGAGCCAAUCCCUGAUGGCUGGGAUAAGCAGCCAGUGAAGGAGCUGGUGGGGGUGAACUUUGAGCGAGUUUCUUUCAACCCAAAGAAAAACGUCCUGGUUCUCUUCUAUGCACCAUGGAAUCCUGAGUGCCGAGCGCUGUUUCCGUUAUUAGAAAAGCUUGCAGAACACUACAGUGACAGUGAAGACGUGGUGGUUGCCAAAAUUGAUGUUACUGCAAAUGAUGUAAACAUUCGUAUGUUAGACAGAUAUCCAACCAUAAAGCUAUUUCCUGCAGUUUAUGCCGAAAGGGUGAUCCACUAUUCUGGCCAAACCGAACUGGAGUUAAUAGUUGAGUUUGUAAAUGCAGAAAGAGAGAGAGCCACAGAGGACAAAGCCAAGGAGGAAAUAGAGAGGAAGAAAUAUCUGGAUCAACAGAAAGCUCUAGAAAAAGAAGAACUAUAGAGUACACGUCUAAUUAAAUGGCCUUUAGGUUUGAA